CUGUCGAAGGUGUGAAACAGAAGUUUAAAAAGAAAAAAAAAACAAAAUAUCAAAUUAAUCCAAAGAAACACUGCCAAAGUGAGCGAAAGUAAUACAGACCACCGCAUAUACACACAAGUAUAUCCUUAAACGAGCAUUUAAGCGGCCUGUUAGUCAGAGAAACUACAGACUAACUGGGUCAGUAGGCAAUCAGCAGUAAACCUUGCCAAAAGGUCUUUAUUGUCCCUCCCCCCCUAACACACAACGCCACAGCCAGAGUUGCGACCCUGGACCAUGAAUUCCUCAAGUGGUGAUGAUGAGGCUCCCAAGGAUCCGCGUACAGGCGGUGAAGAUUUUACUCAACAAUUUACAGAAAAUGAUUUUGAAGGACAUCGGGCCCAUACCGUCUAUGUCGGUGUCCAUGUGCCGGGUGGACGACGCCAUUCCCAGCGUAGGCGUAAACAUCAUCACAGUGGCACGGAAACUGGAUCCGGUGGUGGUGUAGGUGGUCGUGGAGGAGGACCCGGCGGCGGCGGCGGCGGUGGCAGUGGCUCUGGCAAGGACAGCAGCAGUGAGAAGCAACAGGAAGCGGAACGUCCAGUAACUCCCCCAGCCCAACGUGUGCAAUUCAUACUUGGGGAGGAUGUCGAUGAUGGUACACAUGUCUCCCAUCCGUUAUUCUCUGAAAUGGGAAUGCUGGUUAAGGAGGGCGAUGAGAUUGAAUGGAAGGAGACGGCACGUUGGAUCAAAUUCGAAGAGGAUGUGGAGGAGGGCGGCAAUCGUUGGUCCAAACCACAUGUGGCCACAUUAUCGCUGCAUUCGUUAUUCGAAUUACGCAGCCUGCUGCUCAAUGGCACCGUCAUGCUGGACAUGGAGGCGCAUAAUUUGGAUGUGGUUGCUGAUUUGGUAUGCGAUCAAAUGGUUAAUGCUGGCACUUUACCUGCCGGAGCCAAGGAUAAGGUGAAGGAUGCUUUAUUGCGGCGACAUCGCCAUCAGCAUGAAUAUGCCAAAAAGACAAGAUUACCCAUUAUACGUUCGCUGGCCGAUAUGCGGAAUCAGUCAUCAACGAAAACUGACACCACAUCAAUGCAUCUGGGUGCCAUUGGGGUUACCACCUGGUUUCAUGCAGGCGCCUCGCCUCAGCAUCAUUCAACUACAGGAUCAGCAGGACAAGCAGCCACAAUUGAAGAUCAAUCUGGAGGCGGUGCUUUAGGGGCCACCACACCGAUAUCGCUAACGGCCAGUGAGCCAGGACCGCCGGGCGGUACUGCAACAAAUGGAAAUAGUGCUGCUACCGGUGGCAUGGGACGUUUUCUAACUGUACCCGGUAAACCCGGCAACAGAACGCUCGAGGAUAUGGUGAAGAGUCCCAGCAGCCAAUCGAUGGCACGUCAAGGAAGCGGAACAGAACUCAGUGAACAACAACAUAAGGGCAAUACGCAUUUUAUGCGCAAAAUUCCACCAGGAGCCGAGGCCAGUAACAUUUUGGUUGGUGAAGUUGACUUCCUUGAACGUAACUUAUCCUGCUUUAUACGAUUGAGUCAAGCGGCAGUUAUGGGCGAUUUAACAGAAGUUCCCGUGCCCACUAGAUUCAUCUUUAUACUCCUUGGACCGCCAGGAAGUCAGAGUAAUUUCCAUGAAAUCGGUCGUGCCAUGGCCACUUUAAUGUCCGAUGAGAUCUUUCACGAGGUCGCCUAUCGUGCACGAAAACGCGAUCAUUUGCUAGCCGGUGUCGAUGAAUUCUUGGAUGCUGUUACAGUAUUACCACCCGGUGAAUGGGAUCCCACAAUUAGGAUAGAACCACCGGCAGCUAUACCCUCUCAGGAGGUACGCAAACGUCCGCCAGAGUUGCCCAAGGAGGAGAUUGACGAGGAGGAGGAAGAGCAACGUUUGCGCGAAGAAUCGGGUCUAUCACGCACUGGACGACUAUUCGGUGGCCUCAUCAAUGAUGUGAAGCGCAAAACACCAUGGUAUUUCAGUGACUUCAAGGACGCUUUGUCCAUGCAGUGUGUGGCCUCGUGGAUUUUCCUUUAUUUUGCCUGCCUGUCGCCAAUUAUCACAUUCGGCGGUCUACUAUCCGCAGCAACGGGCAAACAUAUGGCGGCAAUGGAAUCUCUGGUAUCUGGAUUUGUGUGUGGCAUGGGCUAUGGCUUCUUUUCGGGUCAGCCGUUAACAAUAUUGGGUUCCACCGGUCCAGUUCUGGUUUUUGAGUCAAUUAUCUAUGAAUUCUGUUUGCAAAUGGGUUGGGAUUAUAUGACAUUCCGUUUCUGGAUCGGCAUGUGGGUCGCCUUCAUUUGUUUCGUUCUGACCGCGAUCGAUGCCAGUGCCCUAGUGUGCUAUAUAACACGAUUUACCGAAGAGAAUUUCGCCACAUUGAUUGCCUUCAUUUUCAUCUACAAGGCAAUUGAGAAUGUUGUGGUCAUUGGAAAGAAUUUCCCAGUCAAUCAGGAUAUAUACAAUUGUGUUUGUACACCGCCAACAAAUAGCAAUUCCACUAUAUUAGAGUAUGCCAAAUACAAUUGGGAUAACUGUGAGUCCUACGGUGGCAUUUUGGAGGGCAGCGAUUGUGGUUUACCACCCUCGGAAAACGUCUUCCUCAUGUCUGUGGUUCUAUGUGCUGGCACAUUUAUUUUAUCCACCAUUUUGAAGGAUUUCAAGAACUCUCUAUUCUUCCCAUCAAUUGUGCGACAAUAUAUUAGUGAUUUCUCCGUGUUGAUUGCCAUCUUUGCCAUGAGCUUCUUUGAUUAUUCAUUGGGUGUGCAUACCCAGAAAUUGGAAGUGCCACAUGAAUUUAAACCCACCUUGAGCACAAGAGGAUGGCUUAUACCACCGUUCAGUGAGAGGAAUCCAUGGUGGUCGCCCAUAAUAGCAGUUUUUCCAGCUCUAUUGGGUACCAUUCUGAUAUUUAUGGAUCAACAGAUUACAGCGGUUAUUGUGAAUCGUAAGGAGAAUAAACUAAAGAAGGGUUGCGGCUAUCAUUUGGAUUUGUUUAUUCUAUCCAUAUUGAUUGCCAUUUGCAGUAUCAUGGGUUUACCUUGGUUUGUGGCUGCCACCGUGUUGAGCAUCAAUCAUGUGAACUCCUUGAAAUUGGAAUCGGAAUGUAGUGCUCCUGGCGAGAAACCACAAUUUUUGGGUGUACGCGAGCAGCGUGUGACACAUAUUUUGAUCUUUUUGACCAUUGGAGGAUCAGUGCUAUUGACACCGCUGCUUGGCUAUAUACCCAUGCCGGUGCUAUUCGGUGUAUUCCUCUAUAUGGGUGUGGCCUCGCUCAAGGGUCUACAGUUCUUCGAUCGUAUAUUGAUUAUGUUCAUGCCAGCCAAAUAUCAACCAGAUUACAUGUUCCUGCGACAGGUUCCCAUUAAGCGUGUCCAUCUGUUUACAAUCAUACAAUUGGCCUGCCUCAUCAUAUUGUGGCUUAUCAAAUCUUUCUCACAGACCUCCAUAUUGUUCCCUUUGAUGUUGGUCGUGAUGAUUGGUAUACGUAAAUCAUUGGAUUUGGUAUUCACGCGAAGGGAGUUGAAAAUACUUGAUGAUAUUAUGCCCGAGAUGACAAAACGGGCGGCGGCCGAUGAUUUGCAUCAAUUGGACGCUGAGGAUAAUCAUCAUCAUCAACAACAACAACAAGCCCCUGGUAAAGGUUAUAGUGCCAAUAAUUCAUCGGGACCCACAACUAUACAUAUACCCCUAUCUGGAAAUGGUAGUGCCAAUAAUGGCAAUAAGCCAGCCAUGAAUAUAUCUCAGGAGGUGAAUCGUACAACUGUCUGGCAACAGAUCAACAAAGAUGGCAAUGGCAUAUCGGAACAAUUGAUCAUUCCAGUAACUGUUAAAGUGCGUCAAAUCAAUGGCAAUCAUAAUACCGCAAAUGCUGCCCUAUCGCCCUCCCGACUCUCACCCAUGCAUGAGGUGGAUGAAUUUAAUGAGGGAAAAACCGAACAACAAUCACUGCCAGGAGGCAAGGAGGCAUCCCAUUUUGAAGGAUCCUGCAAUCAAGAGAAUCCGGCGAAUAUAACUCAUGUCUAAACAUGGAAUGUCGGCAAAAAACGAAACUAAACUAAACCCCGACUAAACACAGUUUCAUCAUUAAACAUUAUAUACAUACAUAUAUGUAGAACACAUACAACUUUCGUAGUGUAAAAAGUGUCGCAAAUCCAUAAAAGUUAAUUAUGAGAGCGUUAAAUGGUUCCACCAAAAUUAAAUAAUGAUAUUUAUUGGAUAA